AUGUUGAGUGGAGCAACGUUUUUAGAGAAGUUUUUACAAGAUUUAGACUGUGAGCAAUAUGUUGAAAGAUUUGUAGCUUAUGAACUUACGUCGGAGGAGCAGUUACAAUAUCUGGAUGUUGAGAUUAUUAGUGAGAUGGGGGUGGAAAAGAUUGGGCAUAGGAUUCGAAUAUUGAACAAGAGUCGGGAAUUGAGGGCUCAACGGACGAGGAGUUCUGGUGAUAAGAUUAAUGAAGUGAUUAGCAAGAUAAGUGGGUUAUCAGCAGGGCCGAUGACGAUCAAUGAGGAGUUGGUGACAGAUAAACACUCUGUAAUUUUUAUUUUGAAUGACGGUUCGGCUAAGAAAGUCAAUGUGAAUGGGUGUUUUAAUGCUGAUUCGAUUAAGAAGAAAUUGAUUAAACGGUUGCCGGCUGAGUUUACGGCUACAUCGCAGACGGGGGAGGAAACUUGUUCGCAGGACUACGAUGUGUUCAUUGUUGAUUAUGGGAAGAAUGUGUUACACUUGUUAUAUGAUGUGGAGCUUGUGACUAUAUGCCAUUCAAGUGAUCGAGUAGAGAAAAAUCGGUUGAUUUUUGUUUCUAAGGACCAGACACCUAGUGAUAAGGCUAUUUUAACAUCCAAGAAGCUUUAUUUGAAGACUAUGAGUGUUAUACAUCAGUUGGGGUCCAUAUCUGGUGGCAAAAAUGCGGGUGGGUUUUCCAGUAACCAUUAUGCUAAUUAUGCAAGCGGUGUACCACCAGCAGGAGCUGACAAUCUGCGAAUUACAAGUCAUAAGGGGAAAAUCCGUCAUAUUUUCAACCAGAGGCCUCCAAGUGAACUAAUAUCAACUAACCUGCCUGAGUACUUCCCACAUACUGAUUUUAAGAAGCUGCAGAAAACAUUAAGGAACUCUUUCCGCCAAUCCGUUCGUAUGAGUAUGCUUAGACCUGGGGCAGUGUUACCCGCCGGAAAUAACAUCGGCAGUAUAAUGGUUAACCAGGCACAGGCAGUGGAUAAAGCACUUUUGCAAUGCUUGGAGAAAAACAAAUCUCCUUCCAGAGCCUGUCCUCGUCCAGUUUCUGAGGAUGAUGCUUCAAGUUUGGGUUCUAGCCAUCGAAAACGUGCUAACUCUAAAACUUCUGUGAGUCAACCAGAUAACACAGAUGCAACAAGUCGUAUCGAAUUGCUCAAUACGGAUUCUGAAAGUGAAGUUGAAGAGGAGGACGAAAACACCAUUUCUCUCCCAACCAAGGUUGUUACUCCUAAAUCAUGGCUGAAAGGCGCUAGAAUUGGAUCGGGUAGUUUUGGUUCUGUCUAUUUAGGAAUGAAUGCACAAACAGGUGAGCUUAUGGCAGUUAAACAGGUUGAACUACAACCAGCGGCAGUAAUGGCUCCCUCUGAUGAUAAAAAGGGCCAAGCACCCAAUACCAAUGCAGUAGCCAAAAAUUCUCAGAUUCAUAGAAAAAUGGUGGAUGCCCUACAACAUGAAAUGAAUCUUCUAAAGGAAUUGCAUCAUGAGAAUAUAGUAACCUACUACGGGUCCUCACAGGAGGGUGGUAAUUUGAACAUUUUCUUGGAAUACGUUCCCGGAGGCUCUGUUUCAUCUAUGCUGAAUAGUUAUGGUCCAUUUGAAGAACCAUUGGUCAAAAACUUCACAAGACAAACAUUAAUUGGGUUGUCAUAUUUGCACAAGAAAAACAUCAUCCACAGGGAUAUUAAGGGAGCAAACAUUUUGAUCGAUAUCAAAGGAUGUGUGAAAAUUACUGACUUUGGUAUCUCCAAGAAGCUGUCACCUCUAAAUAAAAAGCAAAAUAAAAGGGCCUCAUUACAGGGAUCAGUCUAUUGGAUGGCUCCUGAAGUAGUAAAGCAAGUUGUGACAACAGAAAAGGCUGAUGUUUGGUCGGUGGGCUGUGUCGUUGUUGAAAUGUUCACUGGUAAGCACCCUUUCCCAGAUUUUUCUCAAAUGCAAGCAAUUUUUAAAAUUGGAACAAAUACAAUACCUGAACUUCCUUCCUGGACCAGUAAUGAAGCUAAAGCAUUUUUACUUCAAACCUUCGAGCUAGAUUAUGAAAAGCGACCAAGCAGUGUUGAAUUACUUCAACACCAGUGGCUAGAUGCUACAGUGCUAAUAUGA